UCCCAUUCAUGUAACCUGUGUGUGGCUCUCUUCCUCUCUCUGUGUAUGUGUGUGUAAGGGAGCGAGCGAGGCAGGCAGGGGGAGGGGGAGCUUUAAAUAAAAGCCUUUGGAUUGCAGCUGCUUAUUUGGGGCAGUACUCCCUACCAGGCAGACUUCUGCCUGGGAAGAAGCUGGACCAGCCUUGGCGGUGGCGGUGGUGUGGAGCUGCCUGAGGAGGAGCUGCGGUGCCUGGCUGUAGUUGCCCCGUUUGGGAUCGCGCGGAGGAGCCCUACCUAGAAGUGGCAUUGCCGCCUGCAGAAAUGGUAGACUGAGCUUCGCACAUGUCCAGGUUAAAAUUGCAUUCUUCAAGGAGUAUUUGAUGGAUUAUUCCUAGAUACUUCAAAAAGGUAAAUUAAAAAUCUUUUCCAGGGAGCCAGUAAACAUGCAUACUUCAGGAAAUGGCAUGUUAUAAAUGUGGGUGACUAAAAGCAUUGCAGUGAAAAAGAAGGCAGACUAUUAUUUAUCAUCGCAGUUGCAGAGCUACCAUUCCCUUGUUGUGCUACACUGGUUGUAGGGAGGGUGCUUCACCAAACCUCUGUGAAACGUCAUAUGAGAUCAUUCCAAUCUGAUCACCACACAAACGCUGUUAUUUUAAUGUUGAAGACUCAGACAAAAGUGCCAUGGAUGUGAAAGAGAGAAAACCAUAUCGAUCUCUGACCAGGCGCCGUGACACCGAGCGACGCUACACUAGCUCCUCGGCAGAGAGCGAAGACAGCAAAAUACCCCAAAAGUCCUACAGCUCCAGCGAGACGCUGAAGGCUUACGAUCAAGACUCCAGGCUGACCUACAGCAAUCGGGUCAAAGACAUGGUGCACCAGGAGGCUGAUGAAUUCUGCCGAACGGGAGCCAACUUCUCUUUGCGAGAGCUGGGCCUUGAUGACGCUAUGCCAACACACGGGACUUUAUACAGGACUGAUAUAGGGCUGCCUCACUGCGGCUACUCCAUCAGCGCUGGCUCAGACGCUGACACCGAGGCAGAUGCCGUCAUGUCGCCGGAGCACCCGGUGAGGCUCUGGGGACGUAAUACUAAGUCAGGCCGCAGCUCCUGUCUCUCGAGCCGAGCCAACUCCAACCUCACGCUCACCGAUACGGAACACGAAAACACUGAAACUGGUCCUCCUUUGCAUUGUUCAUCUGCUUCAUCAACCCCUAUUGAGCAGUCCCCUUCCCCUCCCCCUACCCCUGCGGCCAAUGAGAGCCAGAGAAGGUUGCUAGGCAAUGGUGUGGCCCAGCCAACCCAGGACUCUGACUCUGAGGAAGAGUUUGUCCCUAAUUCAUUCUUAGUUAAAAGUGGCUCUGGAAACCUCUGUGUACCUGCCAAUGAUCAUCCUCCGGGUCUUCAGAACCAUUCAAGACUUCGAACUCCUCCACCUCCACUACCACAUGCUCACACGCCAAAUCAGCAUCAUGCGGCCUCCAUCAACUCCCUAAACAGAGGGAACUUCACGCCACGUAGCAACCCCAGCCCUGCUCCUACUGACCACUCUCUUUCUGGAGAGCACCCUGCCAGCACCCAAGAGCCAGCCCAUGCUCAGGACAACUGGUUACUCAACAGUAACAUCCCACUGGAGACUAGAAACAUAGCAAAGCAGACAUUCCUAGAGACAUUGCAGGACAACCUCAUUGAGAUGGACAUUCUCACCUCCUCCCGACAUGACGGUGCUUACAAUGAUGGGCACUUCCUGUUCAAACCCGGAGGCACCUCUCCCCUCUUUUGUACAACAUCACCGGGAUAUCCCCUGACGUCCAGCACUGUGUACUCACCUCCCCCUAGACCCCUUCCCAGAAGUACCUUCUCUAGGCCUGCCUUUAAUCUGAAGAAACCCUAUAAGUACUGUAACUGGAAAUGUGCUGCUCUGAGUGCCAUUAUCAUCUCAGUCACGCUGGUGAUCCUGCUUGCUUAUUUUAUCGCCAUGCACCUGUUUGGCCUAAACUGGCACCUGCAGCCGAUGGAAGGGCAGAUGUAUGAGAUCACGGAAGACACAGCCAGCAGUUGGCCAGUGCCAACGGACGUCUCCUUAUAUCCCUCGGGGGGCACAGGGUUAGAGUUACCUGACAGGAAAGGCAAAGGAUCCAGUGAAGCAGGAAAGCCCAGUAGUUUCUUUCCAGAGGACACUUUUAUAGACUCUGGAGAAAUUGAUGUUGGACGACGAGCCACACAGAAGAUUCCUCCUGGUAUCUUUUGGAGAUCUCAGGUGUUCAUUGACCAUCCAGUGCAUCUGAAAUUCAAUGUGUCUUUAGGAAAGGCUGCUCUGGUUGGGAUUUAUGGCAGGAAAGGCCUUCCUCCUUCACAUACCCAGUUUGACUUUGUUGAGCUCCUUGAUGGGAGACGGCUACUUACCCAGGAGGUGAGGAGUCUGGAAGGACCUCAGCGGCAACCUAGAGGCUUUGUGCCAAUGUCCAGCCAUGAGACAGGGUUUAUCCAGUAUUUGGAUACAGGAAUAUGGCAUCUGGCCUUCUACAAUGAUGGGAAAGAGUCCGAGGUGGUUUCUUUUCUUACUACUACCAUCGAAUCAGUGGAUAAUUGUCCCAGUAACUGCUACGGGAAUGGAGACUGUGUUUCUGGAACCUGCCAUUGCUUCCUCGGUUUUCUGGGUCCCGACUGCGGCAGAGCAUCUUGUCCAGUACUGUGCAGUGGAAAUGGUCAGUACAUGAAAGGGCGAUGUCUAUGCCACAGUGGCUGGAAAGGGGCAGAAUGUGAUGUUCCAACAAACCAGUGCAUUGACGUAUCCUGCAAUAACCAUGGCACGUGCAUCAUGGGGACCUGUAUCUGCAAUCCAGGGUACAAGGGGGAGAGCUGCGAAGAAGUGGACUGCAUGGAUCCCACCUGUUCUGGGCGAGGAGUAUGCGUACGGGGAGAAUGUCACUGUUCCGUUGGCUGGGGAGGAACGAAUUGCGAGACACCAAGAGCUACCUGUUUGGACCAGUGCUCUGGACACGGGACCUUUCUGCCUGAUACCGGGCUCUGCAGCUGUGAUCCCAACUGGACCGGACACGAUUGCUCAAUCGAGAUUUGUGCAGCGGAUUGCGGAGGACACGGCCUCUGUGUCGGAGGCACCUGCCGCUGCGAGGAGGGAUGGAUGGGCGCAGCCUGUGAUCAGCGGGCGUGUCACCCACGCUGUAAUGAGCACGGGACAUGUCGGGAUGGCAAAUGUGAAUGCAGCCCGGGCUGGAACGGAGAGCACUGCACUAUUGCUCACUAUCUGGAUAAGGUAGUGAAAGAGGGUUGCCCUGGACUGUGUAAUGGCAAUGGCAGAUGCACUCUGGACAUGAAUGGCUGGCACUGUGUCUGCCAGCUGGGCUGGAGAGGAGCGGGCUGUGAUACUUCCAUGGAGACAGCAUGCGGCGAUGGAAAAGACAACGAUGGAGAUGGCUUGGUGGACUGUAUGGACCCAGAUUGCUGCUUGCAGCCUUUGUGCCAUGUUAACCCACUGUGCCUGGGCUCACCUGACCCCCUGGAUAUCAUACAGGAGACUCAAACCCCCACAUCCCAACAGAACUUGCACUCUUUCUAUGAUCGAAUCAAGUUCCUGAUUGGCAAGGACAGCACACACGUCAUCCCGGGAGAGAAUCCAUUCGAUGGAGGCCAUGCGUGUGUGAUUCGAGGUCAGGUCAUAACAUCAGAUGGAACCCCUCUAGUUGGAGUGAACAUCAGCUUUGUCAACAAUCCUUUUUUUGGAUACACAAUCAGCAGGCAAGAUGGCAGCUUUGAUCUCGUCACUAAUGGUGGGAUUUCCAUUAUCUUACACUUCGAGCGGGCUCCCUUCAUCACUCAGGAACAAACGCUCUGGCUACCCUGGGAUCGCUUUUUUGUAAUGGAAACCAUAGUCAUGAGGCAUGAAGAGAAUGAGAUUCCAAGCUGUGAUCUCAGCAACUUUGCCCGUCCCAACCCCGUGGUCUCCCCGUCCCCCCUGACAGCAUUUGCAAGUUCCUGUUCCGAGAAAGGCCCCAUUGUUCCAGAAAUUCAGGCCCUGCAAGAGGAGAUUAACGUUGCCGGCAGCACAAUAAAGCUGAGCUACCUGAGUAGCCGCACGGCUGGCUAUAAGUCCGUCUUGAGGAUCAGCAUGACCCAUCCCACCAUCCCCUUCAACCUCAUGAAAGUCCACCUUAUGGUGGCCGUAGAAGGACGCCUCUUUAGAAAGUGGUUUGCAGCUGCCCCGGACCUCUCCUAUUAUUUCAUCUGGGAUAAGACGGAUGUCUACAGCCAGAAAGUGUACGGACUGUCGGAAGCCUUUGUUUCCGUGGGCUAUGAAUAUGAAUCAUGUCCUGAUCUGAUCCUGUGGGAGAAGAGGACGGCGGUCCUUCAGGGUUAUGAAAUUGAUGCUUCCAAACUCGGAGGAUGGUCCCUGGACAAACACCAUGCCCUCAACAUACAGAGCGGCAUCUUGCAUAAAGGAAAUGGGGAAAAUCAGUUUGUCUCUCAGCAGCCGCCUGUCAUAGGAAGCAUUAUGGGCAAUGGACGCAGGCGUAGCAUUUCCUGUCCAAGCUGUAAUGGCCUUGCAGAUGGGAACAAGCUCCUGGCUCCUGUUGCCCUAACAUGUGGAUCUGAUGGAAGCCUUUAUGUUGGAGACUUCAACUACAUCCGAAGGAUCUUUCCCUCUGGCAAUGUCACCAACAUACUGGAGCUCAGAAAUAAAGAUUUCAGACAUAGCCACAGCCCAGCUCACAAGUAUUACCUAACAUCAGACCCAAUCACUGGCUCCAUCUACCUCUCUGACACUAACAGCCGACGCAUCUAUAAGAUCAAGUCGACCUCCAUCGUGAAGGAUGUUGUCAAGAAUUCAGAGGUGGUGGCAGGGACUGGGGAUCAGUGCCUUCCCUUUGAUGAAACCCGCUGCGGAGAUGGGGGCAAAGGCACCGAAGCAACACUCACUAACCCCAGGGGCAUCACUGUGGACAAGUUUGGGUUGAUUUACUUUGUAGACGGCACCAUGAUCAGACGUAUUGACCAGAAUGGGAUUAUCUCAACCAUGCUGGGCUCCAAUGACUUGACAUCUGCCAGGCCUCUCAGCUGUGACUCUGCCAUGGACAUUUCUCAGGUUCGUCUAGAGUGGCCCACAGAUCUGGCAGUCAACCCGAUGGAUAAUUCCCUGUAUGUCCUCGAUAAUAACGUUGUGUUGCAGAUCUCUGAAAAUCACCAAGUGCGCAUUGUGGCCGGGAGGCCUAUGCACUGCCAGGUCCCAGGCAUUGAUCACUUCCUCCUCAGCAAAGUGGCAAUACAUGCAACUUUGGAAUCUGCCACGGCUUUGGCCGUCUCCCAUAACGGGGUCCUGUAUAUCGCUGAGACCGACGAGAAGAAGAUCAACCGCAUCAGGCAGGUCACCACCAAUGGGGAAAUCUCCCUGGUUGCUGGUGCACCAAGCAGCUGUGACUGCAAAAAUGAUGCCAACUGUGACUGCUUCUCUGGGGAUGAUGGCUAUGCAAAGGAUGCCAAGCUCAAUGCCCCUUCCUCCCUAGCAGUGUGCGCAGAUGGGGAGUUGUAUGUUGCUGACCUUGGAAACAUCCGAAUCCGCUUUAUUCGGAAAAACAAGCCAUACCUCAACACACAGAACUUAUAUGAGUUGUCCUCUCCUAUAGACCAGGAACUCUACUUGUUUGACACCAGCGGUAAACACCUUUAUACCCAGAGCCUGCCCACCGGAGAUUACCUUUACAAUUUUACCUACACCGGAGAUGGAGACAUAACCUUGAUCACUGAUAACAAUGGUAACUUAGUCAAUGUCCGGAGAGAUUCCACUGGGAUGCCACUCUGGCUGGUGGUGCCAGAUGGCCAGGUCUACUGGGUGACAAUUGGCACCAACAGCGCUCUCAAGAGCGUGACAGCACAAGGGCAUGAAGUGGGUCUGAUGACGUACCAUGGCAACUCUGGUCUUCUUGCCACCAAGACCAAUGAAAACGGAUGGACAACAUUUUAUGAGUACGACAGCUUUGGCCGCCUGACCAACGUCACCUUCCCCACAGGCCAAGUCAGCAGCUUCCGCAGCGAUACCGACAGCUCAGUGCAUGUCCAGGUAGAAACCUCCAGCAAGGACGAUGUUACCAUAACAACCAAUCUGUCAGCAUCAGGCGCCUUCUACACCCUCCUGCAAGAUCAAGUCCGAAACAGCUACUACAUCGGCGCCGAUGGCUCUCUCAGGCUGAUGCUUGCUAACGGCAUGGAAGUAGCACUGCAGACUGAGCCCCACCUGCUGGCUGGCACCGUGAACCCGACGGUGGGGAAGAGGAACGUGACCCUGCCUAUCGACAAUGGCCUCAAUCUGGUUGAGUGGAGGCAGCGGAAGGAGCAAGCUAGAGGGCAGGUUACCGUCUUUGGACGCAGGCUGAGGGUUCACAACAGAAACCUGCUGUCCCUCGACUUUGAUCGUGUGACACGAACAGAAAAAAUCUACGAUGACCAUCGCAAGUUCACUCUACGGAUCCUGUAUGACCAAGCAGGCAGACCUAGCCUCUGGUCUCCUAGCAGCAGGUUGAAUGGAGUUAAUGUGACUUAUUCCCCAGGGGGACACAUUGCAGGGAUCCAGAGGGGAACUAUGUCAGAAAGGAUGGAAUACGAUCAGGCUGGCAGAAUUAUAUCCAGGAUCUUUGCUGAUGGAAAAUCAUGGAGCUACACUUACUUAGAGAAGUCCAUGGUGCUACUCCUCCACAGCCAGAGACAGUACAUCUUUGAGUUUGAUAAGAAUGAUCGAUUGUCAUCCGUCACCAUGCCUAAUGUCGCCCGGCAGACCUUAGAAACCAUCCGGUCCAUCGGAUACUACAGGAACAUCUACCGGCCUCCAGAGGGCAAUGCCUCCGUCCUUCAGGAUUUCACUGAGGAAGGGCAGCUCCUUCACACCUUCUACUUGGGGACAGGGAGGCGUGUCCUCUACAAGUAUGGCAAGCUGUCCAAGCUAGCUGAAAUGCUCUAUGACACCACUAAGAUUGGCUUCACCUACGAUGAAACUGCUGGCAUGUUGAAGACAAUAAACCUGCAAAAUGAAGGGUUCACCUGUACUAUCAGAUACAGGCAGAUAGGCCCACUCAUUGACCGUCAGAUUUUCCGCUUCACCGAGGAAGGCAUGGUGAACGCACGCUUUGACUACAAUUAUGAUAACAGCUUCAGAGUGACCAGCAUGCAAGCAGUGAUCAACGAGACACCGUUACCCAUCGAUCUCUACAGAUACGAUGAUGUGUCAGGCAAAACGGAGCAGUUUGGUAAAUUUGGGGUCAUCUACUACGACAUCAAUCAGAUUAUCACCACCGCUGUCAUGACUCACACUAAGCACUUUGACGCCUAUGGCAGGAUGAAGGAGGUCCAGUAUGAAAUAUUCAGGUCGCUCAUGUACUGGAUGACUGUGCAGUAUGACAACAUGGGGAGAGUGGUGAAGAAGGAACUGAAGGUCGGACCGUAUGCAAACACAACGAGAUACUCUUAUGAGUACGAUGCUGAUGGCCAAUUGCAGACAGUGUCUAUCAAUGACAAACCGCUCUGGCGUUACAGUUAUGACCUCAAUGGAAACCUCCAUUUGUUGAGUCCUGGGAACAGUGCCCGUCUCACCCCACUAAGGUAUGACCUCAGGGACAGGAUUACGAGAUUGGGGGAUGUGCAGUACAAAAUGGACGAAGAUGGCUUCCUGAGACAAAGGGGGAAUGACAUUUUUGAGUACAACUCAGCAGGCCUGCUCAUUAAAACGUACAAUAAAGCGAGCGGCUGGAGCGUGAAAUAUCGCUAUGAUGGCCUCGGAAGAAGAGUUUCUAGCAAAACUGCCCAUGGCCACCAUUUACAGUUCUUCUAUGCAGACCUGACCAACCCCACUAAGGUCACCCAUUUGUACAACCAUUCCAGUUCCGAGAUCACCUCCCUCUACUAUGAUCUCCAAGGCCACCUCUUUGCAAUGGAGCUCAGCAGCGGAGAUGAGUUCUACAUAGCCUGUGAUAACAUCGGGACCCCUCUGGCAGUCUUCAGCGGGACGGGCUUAAUGAUCAAGCAGAUACUGUACACAGCAUACGGGGAGAUCUACAUGGACACCAAUCCCAAUUUCCAGGUCAUCAUCGGAUACCAUGGAGGUCUGUACGACCCCCUCACUAAGCUCAUCCACAUGGGGCGGCGAGACUAUGAUGUGUUAGCUGGGCGAUGGACAAGCCCAGAUCAUGAUAUGUGGAAACAUCUGAGCAGCAACAACAUAAUGCCUUUCAACCUUUAUAUGUUCAAAAACAACAACCCUAUUAGCAACGCUCAGGAUAUCAAAUGUUACAUGACAGAUGUCAACAGCUGGCUGCUAACCUUUGGUUUCCAACUACACAAUGUUAUCCCUGGAUAUCCCAAGCCAGAUACAGAUGCAAUGGAGCCAUCAUAUGAGCUUAUCCACACGCAGAUGAAAACCCAAGAGUGGGACAAUAGCAAGUCAAUCUUGGGAGUGCAGUGUGAAGUGCAGAAACAGCUGAAAGCCUUCGUCACCCUAGAGCGCUUUGAACAGAUCUACAGUUCCAGCAUCGCUGGGUGCCGGACGGUCAAGGAGAACAAGAACUUUGCCUCGGGAGGAUCUGUCUUUGGCAAAGGGGUCAAGUUUGCCAUGAAGGAUGGGCGUGUGGCCACCGACAUCAUCAGUCUGGCCAAUGAGGACGGGCGCCGGAUUGCAGCCAUACUGAACAACGCCCACUACCUGGAGAACUUGCAUUUCACCAUCGAGGGAGUGGACACACAUUAUUUCGUUAAGCAAGGGCCAUCAGAAAGCGACUUGUCCAUACUGGGCCUCAGUGGUGGGCGGAGAACCCUGGAGAACGGCGUGAACGUUACAGUGUCCCAGAUCAACACAAUACUCAGUGGAAGGACUAGACGUUACACGGACAUCCAGCUCCAGUAUGGAGCACUGUGUCUAAACACCCGUUACGGGACCACCUUGGACGAGGAGAAAGCCCGCGUGCUGGAGCUGGCCAGGCAACGUGCCAUAGCCCAGGCCUGGGCCAGGGAGCAGCAGAGACUGCGGGAUGGGGAGGAGGGCAUUCGCUCGUGGACAGAAGGGGAGAAGCAGCAAGUGCUAAACACAGGCCGGGUGCAGGGCUAUGACGGCUACUUUGUGAUCUCAGUGGAGCAAUACCCAGAACUCUCAGACAGCGCCAACAACAUCCAUUUUAUGAGACAGAGCGAAAUGGGCAGAAGGUGACAGAGAGGGUCAAUGCGGUGACUUCUUGCCAAAGACAGCUACUCUUUUGUGGCCACUUACCUGACUGUGUUGUACUCAAUCCUUUUUCUAAACUGAACCUGGCGGGGGGAGGAAAAUAAGGAGAGAAAGAAUAUGGUUGCACUGUAACUCAUGCAACAUACUUUUUUUUUUAUUUUAAAUUUGGCCUUCACAUGUUUUUUGCAAUGAACAGAAGGUAUAUUUUGCCGUAGUGUGAUCACAGUGAAAUUUACUCUCUUUUGUCCUUUUUUCCCUUUUGUGAGGAAUUUAAAAUGGGGAGUUGUCAACGUACAUCCAUGGGUUACUCGGUGUGAAGUGAGAAAUGGGUGUCUGUGCUAACUUGUUUCAUCCUAAUCCUUUCUUAUUUGGCACAGGGACAGCUAGCCUUCCACCCGAAGAGCAGCUCAGAAACGCUGGGCACGCUGGAAACGGAAGAUGACAAUGAUUCCGAAUCUCUCAAAGUGACUGUCUGAAUCGUGUGCCUCAAAAGAGAACUUACAAGGAGUUUUCACCUUUCACUUGGGACAGAAAGUGUUUCUUGGGCUCCUGCUGCACAGAAGUAGAUUAUAGUGGCAAAAGGAGCUGAAUAUAUUAACUUGCAAGAUGAUUCUCUUCCUUCCUGAACUGGAAUUAAAAAAAACCCAGUCUUUUUCAUUAUGAUAGUAGAUUUUUUUUCUUUUGUUUUUUUGGUCCAUGCACAAAUCCUGUUUUUAGUUUAAAAAGCCAGUAAAGGCCAAGAAAAAUGCUCCCACUCUAUUGGAAAACAUCCUCUCUCGUGCCUAGAGCUGUUCUCUCGAUGGGUUGAAUGCACCGAAGUUGUAGACAUAACCCCAUUAAAUGCAUAGUAUUUCAGUACACCAGGUUGUGUGUUCAGCAGUCCGCUGGGCUGUGUCCAAUAAAGUAACUUCAUUUUUAGGAAGCUAAUUUGAGUCUGAAAGUAGGAUAGUCUCCCACAUACCAUUGAAGAGUGCAGCAAAUCCAUACUCCAGCAUUCUUGCUUUUGGGGGCUGUCUUUAUUAGCCUGGAAACUGGUUUUCAGUGCCAGGUUGGUAAAUCAUUUAUGGCUAUGGCAAACAUGCCUCUCUGGAACUCUGUCAGCAGGGAAUUUAAAAGGUUUAAUAAGCAGCAGCAGCAGGGGAAAUAUUGGACCCAAGCCUCUAACUGUUCCUUUCCCCUUCCGCCCCACUGGGAUACGAAGGAGCUCGAAUUAUGUGAGUAGCCCAGUGAGGGUUAACAGCCAACAAGGAGGCAUUUGAAUAGAAAUGCCCACUAGAGAGGAGCCCAAAUAGUUUACAAGAAACUGCUGACAAAGUUGCUUGACAUGCUAAUGUAAUUUGUACUCACAUAAGCCCGUGCUAUGGUAUGUGCAAGAGUCCUUGUGAUUCACGUGAACAAGGAGACUGAGCUGAGCUUCUUCCUGAGAAAAUUCUCUGCUGAUACAGGACAUUGCUGCAGUCAGUGAAACACAUGUGUGAUGCCAUCCAGACCUCUGGCUCGGAAAGAGUCAGCAUGCCUAUCUCAUAGAGCUGGAAGGGACCCUGAAAGGUCCAGCCCCCUGCCUUCACUAGCAGGACUACUUAGUGAUUUUGCCCCAGAUGCCUAAGUGGACCCCUCAAGAAUUGAACUCCCAACCCCGGGUUUAGUAGGCUAAUGCUCAAACCACUGAGCUAUCCCUCACCCACACACCCCUGAACUUUCACCAGCUUUCAGAGAGCAGCUCAGAACCUCUUACACAUUCUGAAAUUUGUAACUUCUUUCAUCUUCAGUUUUUGCUUCCAGGUUCUAACCAGAGACAGACUGAGCCAUGCCAAAACAUCACAACAAGAGAGGUUUCAGAGCCGGCCCUUGGAGCACGGUAUUCUGUAGUCCCCUAAAAUCACGCCCUCUUCCGCUGCACC